UGCUGCUCACCGACGGGGUGUCCUUCGAGCGGUCGGUCGCCGAGUUCUACUUCACGCCGAGCGACACCACGGUGCAGUUCCGCAUCGGGAGCUUCUCGUCCGGGGCUCCGAGCGGGAAAACCCUCCUGAGGGGAUCCUCCCUCCGGAACAUCGAGCGGGCCGAGAUGAUCCGAAAGGAGCUCCGCUACCUAAAGCUCCCCGUGCUGCGGAACCGGAAGCGGUCCCUGUUCUUUGUCGAGUCGGAUCUGGAUUCCUUCGGCCCGGGAUCGGCGUCGCUGGGGCCACCGGCCGAGAUGAAGGAGGGGGAAAUCACCGGCCGAUUGAGCGACGACGUCGAUCCCAGGCUCAAGAUCGAUGCCGUCCAGCAAUUUCCGUUUACUAGCAACCGAUAGCAACCAGGGCAAAAAAAAUCCCGCGAACCAAAAACCACUAGGUCUUGUUCUGUUUAAACAAUAUUCU